CGGACAACCCCAUGCAGCUUUUGUGUUCGUACUCUACCUCUCAACGCACGCAUACACAAUGACAAGCACGGCAGCAGUCGCGCCAACGUCGCUCGGACGGCGGGUGCUCGCAGCCUACCUCCGGCAACUGUCCACACGACCCCUACGCACCAAGAUGAUCACGUCGACCGUGCUCUUCUCCAUCGGUGACUCGAUCGCACAGUUCGGUAUCGAGGGACGACGGCUCGGCGCAGACGGAUCAGAGGUCGACCAGGCAGGCGACCCCAUCGAGGCGUGGGACCCUCAACGAGCUGCCCGACUCGCAUUCUAUGGCGGGUUUAUCUUCGCACCGCUCGCGCACAACUGGCUUGGGUUCAUCGAGAAGAUCAAGUAUCCCUCCAAGAUUCGCACGCUGGCAACGCGGCUGGCAGUUGACCAGUUCCUGUGGGGUCCAUUCAUCGUCUGCAUGUUCUGGGGCUGCAACGGCAUCCUCGAGGGCAAGUCGAUCCCCGAGGUAAAGCAAAAGGUCGAGAUGGCCUUCCUGCCAGUGUACAUGCGCUCGAUGUGUGUCUUUGGCCCGACGGCAGCGAUCAACUUUACCUUGAUUCCGCCACAGCACCGUCUGACGGUCGCACAGAUUGUUGGUCUGGGAUGGAACACGUACCUCUCCUACCUCAACCACGUGAACAACAAGCGCAUGGCCGAGGCCAACGCCGCGCUCACGUCGGCGCAGGCGCUCGAAGCCGGCGAGAAGGCGCUCGCGCCCGAUCUCCCCGCACUGUCCAGCGCCGAGGUGGAGGCCGCCGAGGCCGCCAUCGGCGAGCUGCGUAAGCGCCGCGAGAAGAUUCGCGGGGAGGAGGGCGGCGGCGCGACAGGAGCAGGGACGCGCAUGGGUGUGGCGUGAGCAGCAGCCAGCCACAACGCGGCGCUCUCGUCCCUCCUCGUUAUCGGCCCUAAUCUUGAACAUUACUGCACUGUUGUACUACCCACUCGUCGCAUGCCGUGCAUAGAUCCUAGACGUCUUGUCAUGCAUAGAUAGAUCUUGAG